UGUAGCGGGGAGCGACGCCGCCCCCGCACUUCCCUGCGGCCGGCUGCUCUGAUUGGCCCGCGCGUCCCGUGGGCUUAGCCCGCUCGAGUUCUUCUGGGGGCGCUCCAGCCCCGCAAGCCCGGUCUGUGGCUCUGGACAGCGGCCCGGGAGGACGGCUCCAGUGUCUUUGUCUGGUUUUGGAAUCAGGGUGAUGGUGGCUUCAUUGAAUGAGUUUGGAUUGAUCCCUGUUCUUCAGUCUUUUGGAAGAGUUUGAGAAGGAUCAGUAAUGAAAAUGUGGCUCUUGUGUUUGGUGUUCUGUUUGGUCCUUGGGACCCUGCAUUCCGAAGCACCCAGAGGGAAGUUGGCAGCUGUGGAUCCAGAAACAAAUAUGAAUGUGAGUGAAAUCAUCUCUUACUGGGGAUUCCCUAGUGAGGAACACCUUGUUGAGACAGAAGAUGGAUAUAUUCUUUGCCUUAACCGAAUCCCUCAUGGGAGAAAGAACCAUUCUGACAAAGGUCCCAGACCAGCUGUGUUCCUGCAGCAUGGCUUGCUGGCAGAUUCCAGUAAUUGGGUCACCAACCUGCCCAGCAACAGCCUGGGCUUCAUUCUGGCAGAUGCUGGUUUUGAUGUGUGGAUGGGGAACAGCAGGGGAAACACCUGGUCUCGGAAACACAGGACUUUUUCCGUUUCUCAGGAUGAAUUCUGGGCCUUCAGUUAUGAUGAGAUGGCAAAUUAUGACCUACCUGCUUCAAUUAAUUUCAUUCUGAAUAAAACUGGCCAAGAACAAGUGUAUUACGUGGGUCACUCUCAAGGCACCACGAUAGGUUUUAUAGCAUUUUCACAGAUCCCCAAGCUGGCCAGAAAGAUUAAAAUGUUUUUUGCCCUGGCUCCUGUGGUUUCACUUGAGUUCUCUAUUGGUCCUCUCACUAAAAUCGGACAAAUUCCAGAUCAUCUCGCAAAGGACUUAUUUGGGGUGAAACAAUUUCUUCCCCAGAGUAAGUUUUUGAAGUGGAUAAGUACACACGUUUGCACUCAUGUCAUCCUGAAGGAGCUUUGUGGAAAUGCCUUUUUUGUUCUGUGCGGAUUUAAUGAAAACUUAAAUAUGUCUAGAGUGCCUGUGUAUACAACACACUGUCCUGCCGGAACUUCUGUGCAAAACAUGUUACACUGGAGCCAGAGUGUUAAAUCGCAUAAGUUUCAAGCCUUUGACUGGGGAAGCAGUGCCAAGAAUUAUUUUCAUUACAACCAGAGUUACCCUCCCGCUUACAAUGUGAAAGGCAUGAUGGUACCGACCACUGUCUGGAGCGGGGGUCAGGACUGGCUCGCGGACUACAAGGACGUCACUGUCUUACUGACCCAGAUCCCCAAACUGGUGUACCACAAGCACAUUCCUGAGUGGGAGCAUCUAGACUUCAUCUGGGGCUUGGAUGCCCCGUGGCGGCUCUAUGAUGAAAUGAUAAAUCUAAUGAAGAAGUACCAGUGAAAGCCAGACUGGAGACAUUUACUGUCAAGUCAUGUCAAAAUUUGUUUGCUUAAUUUCUCUAAAAUACUUUUUCUUUCCCAAUCCUUUUGUAUUUUUAAAUCUAAAAAAUUUAUAGCAUUGAAGAUGCCCAGUUCUCUCCAGUUAGGAUUAGAACUGCAUCUGCUUUUUUAAGGUUUUUUUGGUCUAAUCAUGGCCGAAUAUGAAGCUGGUGUCUCAACCUCCCUUUUAAAAUGUCACUGCCUUGUGAAAGAUUGUGACCAUUCUGUUUAUCCUUACAAUUUAGAAUAUGUUGUAUUCCCUUUUUACCCCACCACAUAGGACACAUUGACACAAGUUGGAAUUUUUAAGCUGUGCUGUUCAUCAGUAAAUAAUCUGACACUGACUUGAACUAAGCUCUGUGUAUAAGUACCCAGUUCUCAUCUCUGCCUUAAAGGGCUCUCGGUUAAAUGGCCUUGUAUUUAGAGAUCUAAGUGACACCUUAUAUUCUCAUGCAGCAGGUACAGAGUCAGAUGCAGGGACACCCCAGCUGUGUCAGUCAUAACGAUUCCAUCAAACUUAACUGUGAGAGCUGCUCAUUAGCAAAUGUUGAAAUUGCUCUGAUCAAGUGAAGUAAAUUGCUGGAGCCUUCAAAAAUAAAUUACAUGCAUCAGCAACAAGAACAACUGUAUCUGAAAUAACUUGAAGACCAAUGCACCCAGUCAUCUCUAUCUGUGAACUCUUAAAUGUGUGGCAGGCCAGCAGUCGAAGGCCAUCAGUCCACUCGUUUGAGAAGGAAAGUCCUGUGGAGAGACAACACCACUAUUUUUCCUGAAAUUAGUGUACUCUUCACCAGCUCCUGUAGCCCAGUGAUGACAUCUGUGAAGCAGAAGCCCAAGGCUGCCCAGGAGGGACGUCCUAGUUCAGUCUCACACAAAAGGAACGUGAACAUGAAUGUUUUCAGAUUGAAGCUCAGGGAUUCAUUUUUUUUUUAGUUUUGUACGUGUCCAGAUGUUUGAGACUCCUGAUUUGCAUCCUGGUGUCAGGAAGCCUACGUCCAUCUGCCUCUCUUGCAGCCCUGUUCACUUACAAUACUCUCAGAUGGACAGAGUGACCACUGCACUCUGAACAAUUGCUGUUUUUCUGAUAUAGCUACUUUAGCUGCGGUAACAAAUGAUACUUGACAUUAAUGUGUGAAGACAGCAUAAUACUGCUUUGUUAAAUUUGAAAGGUCUUGUUUAAACUUUUCAAUAAAGCUCAGCUUCCUAGACCUGAA